CUACCAAUCAUCUGCACUCGCCAAUGUCAACGGAAACAGGAACCGACGACUCCAUGAGAAAGACAGCACAACAGAAACCCAAAUUCAUGUCAACUAACAAAUGACACGCAAGCUAAGCAGAAGCAGCAGAUCCGCCUGCUCCACCAUGUAUAAAAGAGGAGAAGCAGAGGCGGGAUGAGAAGAACAGGGCAGAAAUGGAGCAGAUUGAGCACAAAUAUGUGGAAGUUGAAGAAGGAUUGAAGAUCCAUGUAGCCGAGAUCGGAGCUGGGGACAAAGUUCUCUUCUUUCUCCAUGGAUUCCCGGAAAUCUGGUACUCAUGGCGGCACCAGAUGAUUUCCCUGUCCAAAUCAGGGUACCGCGCCGUCGCCGUCGACUACAGAGGCUACGGGUUGUCCGAUCCCCCGCCGCGGCUUGAAGACGCCACUUUCGCCAAAACCGUCGCCGACCUGGCCGCGGUGCUGGAUUCCCUCAACAUCUCUAAGGUGGUGCUCAUAGGGAAAGACACCGGAGCUUUCAUCGCUUCUUGGUUCGGCGUCCUCCACCCGAAAAGGGUACUGGGAAUAGUGACCAUGGGCAUCCCGCUCUCUGUCCCGGGAACGGCUUCUUCCUUCAUCAGCUCAACUAUCCCGGAAGGUUUCUAUGCUUUACGGUGGCAGGAACCAGGGCGAGCCGAAGCCGAUUUCGGGCGGGUGGAUGCAAAAACCGUGAUUCGGAAUGUGUACAUACUGUUUUCAGGGAGUGAAGUGCCAAUCGCAGCCGAGAAUCAGGAGAUAAUGGAUCUGGUCGAACCGUCGACUCCUCUUCCGCCAUGGUUCACCGAGGAAGACCUCGAAGCUUAUGGAUCCCUGUACCAGAAAUCCGGAUUCCAGACCGCCCUCAAAAUGCCCUAUAGAUCACUCGACGAGCAGUUGGACGUACCGGUAACUGAGGUGAAAUUCGAAGUUCCGACGUUACUGAUCUUGGGAGACAAAGAUUAUGCACUGAAACUUCCGGGGAUGGAAGACUACAUCAACCAUAUGGUGAAGGAAAUCGUCCCGGAUUUGAAGACGACGUAUUUGACUGGAGGAACUCAUUUCGUUCAAGAGCAAUUCCCAGAAGAAGUGAACCAGCUGAUACUUGAUUUCCUGAAAGUUCGAAUUUGGGCAUGAAAAGUAUACAGUUCAAUCCAUGAUUCAGUAGUUGUGAUUACUGAUUAGUACCUUUGCCUUGUUGUUCAUUUGUUUCAAGUCAACAAGGGAACAGAGUGUUGGUAAUUCCUUGGUGGGUUACAAGGAUCUCUUAUCUCGAAAAUUAAUGAUACAGAACUUGCAGUGAAGGUAACUCCCAAGUAAAAUGCUUCCACCUGAGCUACUGGUCUAUAGCUUCUCCAGUUCUUGAACUGUUCACGACUGUUUAGACUGACCUGAAGGUAACCCUCAAGAACAAUGCUUCCACCAGAGCGACUGAUCUGCACAUUCUUCAGGUCUGUGUGUCCCAUGGUUUUCAAUCUUUCGCUACAUCUUGUGCUCCGUACCUUCCUCGACAAGCUUCUCUAGACCAGCAAAAGUUCCCCUCAAAUCCAGCCGAUCACUGCACAGACCCUGUUGAUUACAGUGCUCCAGUAUAGCAUACAAAAUUAUGUGAUCCAAUACCACAAACCUGUUUCCUCUCCGGCUAGUUUCUUCCACGGAAAUCUAUAUCUUCAAAGGCAACCACUUUAGAAUCCAAUACAUCCACUAAACGAAAUUGAACUGG